AUGCAAGAUUCUAUUCUUAACUUUGAAGAUCAUUCAUAUAAUCAUCCAUCAGAAACAUUACCUCAAAUUUAAGAAUAAAAAUAAAAGAAUCCUAGUGAAGCUAAAAAUAUACCUAAAAAUAUAGGUGGACUCUUAAAAAAUCAUUUCGGUAUUAUUUUAAUCUAAUAAUGUAGUAAAUCGAUGUUUUCCCUAAGUAAAGGAUAACAAAGUUAUUAAACAUUUCAUCUCUUUAUAAUCAAAGAAAAAAAAUUAUUCAAGAGAGGACAUCAAAAAGGUAUUGGAGAACAAAGAAGCUGCAAAUAUUGCAAAGAAAUACUUUGCAAGCUUCGAAAUUAUAGAAGACAUCCUUCAUUCAGAAAAAGUACCAGAAAUAACAACUUUAUUAAAAUAUAUCAGAAAAUUUUUUAUUGCUUCCUAUUAUCCAGAGACUCUAUCCACACUUAAAUUACCAGAAUGA